AUGUUAAGACAAGGUUUGGUGCAGUACAACGUGACCCGGCUGGGUCUGGUGGAGCGCGUCUUGUCGUCCAGCUUUACCUCAGUUGCCUGCUUGGUGUUCCUCUUCAUCAAUGGGGUGAUGAUGUUCACCUUGAGAAGUAAACCUGUGUUUCGGGAGACGUCUCGCUACAUCCUGCUGUUUCACCUCCUCCUGGCAGACACGAUGCAGAUGGCAAUCAGCCAGGCGUUGUACCUCAUGCACGCCUAUCGGAUCAUCAUCACAUACCCCCAAUGCGGUGUACUUGUCAUGCUGGCCAACCUGACCAAUGAUAUCUCUCCUCUGGUGCUGGUGGUGAUGUCGCUGGAGAGAUAUGUGGCUGUGUGCCACCCUCUCAGACACGCCUCCAUCAUCACCGUCAGGAACACCGGGGCGGCAGUGCUCGCUGUUUGGAUCUUUUCUUUACUACAGGUUCUCACUGUGGUGCUCUUAUUGUUAAACUUUCCUUUUCAUGAGCUGGAGAGUUUGCAAAUGCCUGAGCAGUGUGGCAGCGCCAGCAUGAUUCUCCUGCCCGUGUCAGAUCAUUACCGAACAGCCUGCACGAUUUCUCUGUUCACCCUGGCGAGCUUGGUCAUUAUUUGCAGCUACAUCGGCGUGAUGGUGGCAGCCAGGUCGGCGUCUACAGACAAGGAGUCAGCCCAUAAAGCUCAGAAGACGCUGCUGCUACACCUGUUACAGCUGGGCCUCACUGUCUUGUCAGCCCUCUACAACACUACCUUAAUGUUAUUAGCCAGAGUUACUUCCUGGGUUACCUUUAUACGAAUGCAGUCCUUUAUGUUUGUGUGUUUUUUCUUCAUGCCCAGAUGUAUGGGUUCUCUCAUCUACGGGCUGAGAGAUCAGACAAUCAACGCUGUCCUCACAUACUAUUUCUGCUGUCCACUCAAAGUGGCAGUUGCUCCUGUCAAAGUUGUGCUUGUGUCCUGA